UUCUUUUGCUAACUGUAGGCAUGAAUUUAAAUUUAUCGAGAUUAUUGUACAUCAAGUCUUUCAAAAUGUCAACCAGACACCUCUAGAUGUUGCUUGGUACCCGGUUGGAUUAGAUACUCGUGUCGAAGAUAUAGAGUUGUUAUUGCAAAAUGAAUGUAUAGAUGAAGUUCAGAUGGUUGGUAUAUAUGGGACUGGUGGAAUAGGGAAAACAACUCUAGCAAAAGCUAUCUACAACCAAACAUUUCGACACUUUGGUAGUAGUUGCUUUCUUUCAAAUGUUAGAUCAGAAGCUGAAGCAUUUAAUGGUCUAGUCAAGUUACAAGAGAAACUUCUUCAUCAAAUUCUCAAAACUAAGGACUUCAAAGUUAACAAUGUUGAUGAAGGCAUCAAGUUAAUUGAGGCAAGACUUUGUUCAAAGAGGGUUUUAGUCGUUCUUGAUGAUUUGGACGACAUGAGGCAACUACAAUCCUUAGCAAGAGAUCGGAGUUGGUUUGGUUCUGGUAGUUUAAUAAUCAUUACAACUAGAAAUAGCAAUUGCUAUGUGGGAUUAGAGCGAAUGAGAGGUACAAUGCCAAACUAUUAAAUGACAAUGAAGCUAUGCAACUUUUUAGUUGUCAUGCUUUUAACAGUAAUAUUCCACCGCCACAAGAAUAUGUUAGGCUGGCACAAGAAAUAAUCAAAUAUUCAGGUGGUCUACCAUUAGCUCUUGUGACAGUGGGGUCUCAUUUGCAAGGAAGAUCCAUAGAAGAAUGGAGAUACGAGUUCCAAAAACUAAGAGCAAUUCCUCAUAGUGAUAUCCAGAAGAUUCUCAAGAUAAGCUUUGAUGGACUUGACGGUGAUACUCAGAGUGUUUUCCUUGAUAUUGCGUGCGCUUUCCAUGGGUUUUCUGCGGAUGAAGUUACCAAAACAUUAAAUGCGUGCGGUCUUCAUUCUGAAAGUGCAAUUGCAACUUUGGUCCAUAAAUGCUUGCUCCAAAGUGCAAGGCCUUUUUUGGAGAUGCAUGAUCUAGUGCGAGACAUGGGAAGAGAAUUAGUUCGCAUGGAAUCACCCCAAGAACCUGGAAAACGGAGUAGAUUGUUCAUCCCUCAAGAAGUCCGCGAGGUUCUACAAGGAAAUAAAGGUUCUGAAAAGGUUGAAGUACUGAUGGUAGAUCCACGGGCAUUAAAGGGCGUGAACUUGAGCACCAAAGCAUUUAAGAAAAUGAAAAAUCUUAGGGUGCUUAAAAUCGAUAAUUUAUAUAUUAGUGGAAAGCUUGAGCUUUUGUCCAAGGAUCUCAGAUGGUUGUCUUGGAAAAGAUGUCCUUUAAAGUAUAUACCAUCAAAUUUUCCAGCUGAAAAACUUGUAGUUCUAAAUCUGCGAGGGAGUAAUAUCCAAGAAUUUGGUCUGAAUAUGCAGUGUUGUAGUUUGAAGGAGAUGAAUCUCUCUGAUUGCAAGCGCCUUAGAAGAACUCCAAAUUUCAAUGGUUUACAAAGUCUCGAGACUUUGUGGCUGGGUGGUUGCUCAAGUCUGAUGGAGAUCCACCAAUCAAUAGGAAAUUUGGACAGACUAAUUUAUCUAAAUUUGUCUGGUUGCAGAAAGCUUACUGAUCUUCCGAGCAGCAUAUGCCAGCUAAAAUCCCUUUCAUCCUUGGACAUCACUAGCUGCUCAUCUAUACGAACACUGCCGGUUGGCUUCGGAGAUAUGCGAAGUCUAAAAGUUCUUCUUGCACUUUAUACAGGUAUAAAAAAGCUGGCGCGUUCCGUUGAAAUGCUACGAGAUCCUGUAGUUUUGGAAGUGAGAGAUCGAAAUUUAGAGGCCAGAAGGAGUUUUUCUCGAAGAAGAGUCCAUCACAUACAAUCCUUGUCAACUUUUGUCUCGUGUUUAAGCCUUAGAUGUUGUGGUUUAUCUGAGACUGAUAUUCCUACGGAUAUUGGGGGUUUAUACUGCUUAGAAGUUUUAGAUUUGAGUGGCAACCAUUUUGACCGUCUACCCUUUGGUUUUUCUAAGUUACGAUUCUUGAGGUUCUUGGGUCUGAAUGACUGUGAGAAUCUUCAAACAAUCCCGUCAGUAUCAAAUUUAGAAUAUCUGAAUACUCUUUCACUUGCAAAUUGCAAAAAAUUAGUCAAGAUUACAGCGUUGGACAACCUCCCUUCUAUAGAGCGGAUCGACAUGCUUAGUUGUAGUUCUCUGAAGAAUCCAUUCAGUGAAGGCUUCUUUAGUGCACCUGCUCUAGCAUAUCAGUCUAGAAAAGAUCGAAAUCGGGGGUUUAAAAUUGAUCUCCAAUGCAAUGAGAUUCCAGAUUGGUGCAACACUCAAGUAACAACUUCUUCCAUCUGCUUCACUAUGCCGACACAUAAGGAGUAUAAGUUUUUAGGAAUUAUUCUCUGGUGUGUUUUCAAGAUUGUCAAUGUACGCUCUUCUAGCCGUUCGCAAGGCUUGAACUUUAGUAUUGCUGGAAAAACGUCAUCAAGUUUCCACUGGCCUUAUUAUGAAGUAAUACGCACUGGACAGGUACAGCGAUCAUGUGUAUUUUGGAGAUCUUACUUAGAUACACCUUUUAACGGACAGAUCAAUGGUGGAGAAAAGAUGGAACUCGUCGAGUUGGGUGAAGAAAAUGCAGUAAAGAAGAUAGGGAUCCAUCUAUUAUAUUUAGACCAACAAGGUAAAGUUACAUCAUUGCCAGCAGUCCUGGAUCAUUUUAUUCAGAUGAACAGAAGCCAGGAGAUAAUAAAUGGAGUCUAACCCUCCGUUUGGAUGGUUGUUUCCCGUGGCUCAUUAAUGUACAGUAUAGUAUGGUACAAUAUGGUGUUGUAUUGUAUUGUACUGUAUUAAUGAACACAAUGUUUGGAUAGACUGUAUCAUUUGUUGUGGUUUAAUAACAUUUGUAUUGUUUGGUUUAA